AUGAAAGUCAAGAAGAAUAUUAAGAAAAGUCUUCCUAAACCCUAUUCUCCUAAUCCUCCCAAUCCCUCUAAAGGUCUAGGCCGAUUCUCUAUCUUUCUCUUCUCAAAUCCCUAAUUCUGUUCUUAAUCUCUAAAUCUCCAAUUCCCGAUAGAAUCCUAAUCCCAGGUUCUAUCAUUUGGUAUCCGAGCCUCCAAUGAGUUCCUCGUGGCUCUCUGAUCUAGUGUGGACCCGUAUCAUACAAAAACUUGAUGCUAUUUGCGCUGACCAAGCCGCAACAGCGCGUGCGAAGGGCUGGCAGGUGGAGGCGGCGCGUGACCCAGCCAAGCCACCAGCAGUGCGGCAAAGGCAGGCGUUGGCGGAGGAGCCGCUGCGCGAUGAGACCGCUGACGUGACGGCGACAACGCAGGAGGGUGGAGGGCGCGACGCAGCCCGCGGGGUCGUGGCUGUGGUGGCGGUGCGCGGCCGAGCGUUGCGGACCGAGGAGCACGAAACGCUGUGUUUGGCAGGGGCUUCCAUCGCGCCGCGGAGUGGAGGUGAGGCGCUGCUGAGCUCGACGGGGGACGGCGGGGCGGUGCGGGCAGAGGAGGAAGGAGAGCGCGGCGGGGCGCUGCGCCCCGAGACGCUCGACCAGGCGGACGCGUCUGCGGCCCGGCGGCGUGAUUCGACGAGUUCGACGAUGAAGGGCGACGUGGAGUCUCCUCGUGCGACGCCGGAGUGGAAGGCGUUACGAGAGGAGGAGACGCUGCGGUUGGAGGCAGUUGCAGAUCGGGUUGCGUCUCCAGAUUUGGAGAAGGAGUCGUCAGCGAUAGCGGGAGACGCGCCGAGAACAAGAAAUCGGAUAAGAAGGGUGGCGGCGAGUUUCGGCUUGCAGAGCCUAGGUCGCUAGUUUGGGGCCAUGGAACGCGUUGGCAGCAGCAAACCACCUCAUUGGGCCGAGCAGGUUUGGGUUUUAGGUGGGCUUUUGUUGGAAUCGUUGCGGGCCAACAAAAUCCGUUGUGCAGGUCGCAGGUUGUGAAGAAUCAGGUCAAGUCAAAGUCUGGGUACGGGCCUGAUGCACUAGUGGGCCAGGAGGGAAGUUCCGUAGACUUUGUCACCAAAGACAGGCCACGAAUCAGAGGGCAAUUUGAGUUCCGCGUGGGCUUGUGUUUGGAAAGGUUAGGCUAAUCUUAGGAGGAAUGGAUCAGCAAUGCGAGCCAAAAAUUGAGAGGUUGAUUGGGCCGAAAAGAGUGGAUUGUUUGGAGUGGGAAGGAGAAAGAAAUUUUGGUCAUGGGCCUGGAAUAAAAGAAAAGAAGGUUGAGCUCUACACAAAUCAAAUUGACCAGCGGAGCAGGCCAAGUCUGAGCAAGAAUUGGGCCAAUUUAAGACUUAGUUGUGGGCUGCCCAAGAAAAGAGCCAACAGGUUCAAGAAACAAGAUGGGGUGUUUGCUUGGAUUACCUUUAUAUGGAUUGGGCUCAAUAAUUUGUGAAAAGGUGGAGCCUAAUUGGAAGAAAAGAAAGGGCAAGAAAUAGAGGAUCAAAUGCGAGGGUUGCACGAACGAUGCGAAGAAGUGGGUCGAGUUGGUCAACCUUGUGGGCAAGGUUGGUUUUCAAGGUAGAGGGGAUGAUGAAAACCUACUUUUUAGGUUUAACCAUAAUUAACAAUAUUAAUAUUAUUAGGAUUUAUCUAGAUAUGUUUAUUAGUCUUUGAGCCAUAUUAGGAUAGUCUAUUAGGUUUUUCUAGUCUUUCGGUAUAAAUAUGUAAUUGGUCU